CUUACCCAUUCGUACAAUAAUGGAGGGGACGUGGUGCAGUGGUUCGAGCAGCAAGAGCUCCUUCCCCACUAAUAUCGAGAGUUUCUCCUCUCGACACCAAGUCAACGAGACGUCUAUGGUAUCAAUAAAACCACUGGAGCGCGUCUACGAUGGCUGUGUGGGCGGCUUUUUAUCCGAGAAGAGUCGCAUCCAUCUGCACAUCGAGUCGGACGGCGCAUUGUACGGCGAAGUCCGUCAGAAGCAGCCCAGCUCGCGAUCUUUAGCCAACGGGAAGAAGCGCAAACGUCGCGUAGUUGCAGACCACCCGGACGGCAUCGUCAUAGCGCACAUUGUGGGCAACGCACAGGUCGUUCCACCCGAAGAGGCGGUCGUGUCCUGUUCCAGGACCGUCAGUUGCGACGAUACCACAGCAGCGGAGUAUUGCUGCGCCUUUGAGAUCACUAAGAGACUCAACCACGUGGACAGACACACACUCACGUGCCAUUUACACGUCCCAGUGGCACCGAAUGCGCCCGCAGUAGGCACGUGGAGGUUUUUCGGUGGUCGAAAGUUACUGGAAUUGUCAUCAACAGCGUCGACAAGCGAUACGGGAUCGGAUCAUAUUAAAGAGGAAACGUCAGACGAGCACCAAGUGUUUCAAUUGCAGCCAGUGCAAUGGUAUCAACGUCAACAAGAAGCCGAGGAGGCAGAGAAAGAGGCAGCCAUGAUGCAGUCUAGACCACCUUCACUGCUGUAUCCUUUGCGACCUGGAAAGUAUGAAUUUAAAGGUUUUACGACGUAUGACACGCCAUCUGUAGCUGCAGCGGUUGUGCCGAGACAGAGGAAUGGACGAAGAGGGCGUCCAGUCAUGACGACGGUCAAAGAUGAAUGUCUAGUCACACUACGUCUGCUACCGGAUGGUACACUGCGUGGAACGUCUCGAGAAGUGGUACAGCCACAGGUUUGCCCAUUGAAAGGACGCUGGCAGGCUAAUCGAGUGGCUUACGUGCUCGAGUAUCAUGUUCGUGAAGCUGUGGGUUACUUCCGAUACUCUGGAGCUGUAGUAAUUGAAGACGCUAAAACCAACGCUAACGGUAAGAGACGCGAGACUUUGAGUGGUAAAUGGCACAAUGUGGACGAGGGACAUGCUGAAGGAUACGAAGGAGGUCGCGGAGAGUUCGAAUUAGAGCUCGUUAAAGUGGAUUUUACGCCGGUCUCUACCAAGACGGAGAAGUUAGAGAACUCUAACGUUACUGUAUCCGAUUACAGUAUGUCAGAACCCUCUGAUCAGAACACUAUCCCCGAAGCGGGCAGCAAUGCUGCUAAUGCUAUCGAGAUAGAAGACGACGAUGCAAUCCGUGCGUUUACUACUGGCGAGUACACGUUGUCUGGAUGUGCUACAGACGCUGAGGGGUACGAGUACGCGUUCGAUCUCCAGUUACAGUUACGGCCCGGUGGGAAGCUUCUUGGCAAGUGUAAAGAGCGCAUUUUUCACCAGAUAAGUCCCGUAUUUGGACGCUGGAAUCCCUCGUGUAUUACGUAUGGACAGCAGUAUGUGGUGAAGCAUGAAGUGGGCAUGUACACUUACAGUGCUACAAUGAGUAGUGACGGUGCUGUGGUUAGAGGAUCUUGGGCGAAUGUUGAGAAGGAAGCUGCUUCGGCUCCAAGCGAACACGGGACUUUUGCACUGAUUUUGGUGAAUUCAACGAGGCAGUGGAGCACUUUCAGUCACGCUUACUAUCCGCCCAGGUUUCGCCGUGCCGUGAUGACGACGCUUAUGGCAUCCGCUAGAACUCAUAAGUUACCUGUGGCGCUAUGGACCCAUGUCUUUGCAUUCUGUAGCGAAACGUGGUUCACUCUGUGAAGGAGAAAACAGAUACAGUAGCAGCAUGUACACAGUGUAGUAGACAUUGCUUAAUACUUGUAACAUAUGUGCCUGCGUCAGAGCUCACUUCAACUUGACCA